AAAUUUUCUAUAUAUUUUUUUUCCUUCUAAAGAAGUUACCUGUCUGCUAAAUAAAUGAACAUGUUAGAACGUUGUUUUUUCACCUAAAUGUGUUAAAGAGAAGCUCCGCUACUUACUAGUAUUAUUUGUCAUUAUGCUUAAGACAAAGUCUAAUCUAUAGCCUUUGGACUUAUGCUGUUUCUCAUGUCAUGUGUAUAAACAAAUAAAAUUUUUCUUCAGGUGGGGUUUGAGCAACUAAAGUUUAGUGGCAAGCAAGAAAGACAACAAAAAAAGAAAGUAAUAUUCUUCUGUGGUUGCUUUAUUUCCUGGCCACUUCCCACAAGCAUAGAUUCUCUCUAUGUGAGAGUCCUCUCUCCUAGCUGUGCAGCUUAGGAAUGGAUGAUUAAUUGUGCUCUGCUCUGCUUUGCUUUGAUUCUCUCUGCUCAUAAAGAACCUCUUCAUACUCAUUGCAGUUGCAGUACGUGCGGGGUGGGAGUGCUUUCAACACUUUCUCUUCAACCAGCAAAAUGAGUCAUGCACAUUCUCAUAUGGGCUCAGGUAGUAGAACCACUCGAAGAGCUUUCGAGUUUGGGAAAACACAUGUAGUGAGGCCAAAAGGAAAACAUCAAGCCACUAUAGUUUGGCUGCAUGGUCUUGGUGAUAAUGGUUUGAGCUCAUCUCAGCUCCUGGAAUCCUUGCCACUUCCAAAUAUAAAAUGGAUUUGCCCUACUGCUCCUACCCGUCCUGUGGCGAUACUUGGUGGUUUUCCCUGCACUGCAUGGUUUGAUGUGGGAGAACUUUCAGAAGAUGGUCCAGAUGAUUGGGAGGGUUUAGAUACCUCGGCAGCACACAUUGCUAACUUGUUGUCAACAGAGCCAGCUGAUGUGAAAGUUGGUAUUGGAGGCUUCAGCAUGGGUGCAGCCAUAGCCCUGUACUCUGCAACUUGUUUUGCCAUGGGAAGGUAUGGAAAUGGCAUACCAUACCCUCUAAACUUAAGAACAGUGGUUGGACUAAGUGGUUGGCUUCCCGGAUCAAGGAGCUUAAGGAACAAGAUAGAAGUGUCACAUGAGGCAAGAAGGCGAGCAGCUUCAUUACCCAUUUUGCUGUGCCAUGGAAUCAGUGAUGAUGUAGUCCUUUACAAAUACGGAGAAAAAUCUGCUCAAUCCUUAUGUUCAGCAGGGUUUCGAUAUGUUGCAUUCAAAUCCUAUGAUGGGCUUGGUCAUUACACGGUUCCUAGAGAGAUGGAUGAGGUUUGCACUUGGUUUAGUUCAAGAUUGGGACUUGAUGGGUCCUCGUAAGUGACAUAAUUAGUAUCAGUCAGGGCAUGGGCGUAGAAGGUAUAUGGAACAAUAACAGGGAAAGUGGGGAGAUGCAUAAUGCACAAAUAGGUAGAUCAUGGAAAGGUUCAAGCGUAUAUAUAUAAAUAGGAGGAUUUAUUUUCUGGGUCCCUUUUUUUGUCAUGUUCCUCAGCAAUAAAGAUCUGCAUGUGUUUUCUAAGUAUU